AUUCAAUGGAAAUUGAUGUGAGCUUUGUUUCAAAGUUAGCCACUAUGCUUGAUUUUAUAUUAAUUCUUAUUUUUUGUAUUUGGUCCAUUAUUUACUGCAUAGAAUAGGAGAUCUAUAAAUUAAACUCAAUAAUGACAAAUAUAAAUUUAAUGUAUAAUAUAGAUAUAAUUGUUUGAUUAGCACAAUGAGUUUUUUACUAUUGUUAGGCGAAACAAAAAAAUCAAUAAUGGUUGAAUAGUUUUAUUUUGCCUGCAAUUAAUUUGGAAGAGGCUUUUUUUGCUUAUUGUAUGGAAUAUUAAUUUUUUAGUAUAGCCUUAUGGUUAUUUGCUGAAAAUACUAAAACUCCAAAACAUACUGCGAUUCAUGAUUUUGGUUUAUCAGUUGCUAUAUGUACUACUAUAAUAGGAAUUUUAUAUGUCAUUUAGCAUUUUUUAGUAUUUUUACAAUCUAAUGAUUUUAGUUUGAUAAAAGACAAUUCUAAAUUACAAGUUGA